GGUCUCAGCUUCUUCUUCCUGGGGUCGGCGCGUGUGCUGCUUGAUUUGCUCGCUAGUCUAAAGUUUUUUUUUGGUGUGUCGCUGAGCUGCUGUAGUAGGGAUGAUGAUGAUGGCGGAGUUGGUACAGGGACAGGCCUCGGUGGCUCAGCCUGGAACGAAAGCAGAUGGCUUCGCCGACGCUUUACACCGGGCCCGACAGAUUGCGGCGAAGAUGGGAGGUGACCAGAUGCCCCACAUGAACAACUCUUCUCCAGUCCUAGACCCCUCUCUCUACGGCUACGGAGGCCAGAAGCGCUCAAUGGAUGAUGGAGUAGGUAACCAGCUGGGUGGAAUGGUACAUCAAAGAGCUAUUAUGACAGAAGACUUCAAAGUGCCUGAUAAGAUGGUUGGAUUCAUCAUUGGAAGAGGAGGAGAGCAGAUCACGAGAAUUCAGUUGGAGUCAGGCUGCAAGAUUCAGAUAGCUGCAGACAGCGGCGGCAUGAUGGACAGGGCCUGCACCCUAACUGGAAGUCCAGAGAACAUUGAGCAGGCCAAAAGGCUGCUGAGCCAGAUUGUGGACCGGUGUCGGAACGGCCCGGGGUUCCACAGCGAGAUGGACAGCAACAGCGCCAUCCAGGAGAUCCUCAUCCCUGCCAGCAAAGUGGGCCUGGUCAUUGGCAAGGGAGGGGACACCAUCAAACAACUGCAGGAGAGAACCGGAGUGAAGAUGAUGAUGAUCCAGGAUGGCCCCAUGCCCACUGGAGCAGACAAACCCCUGAGAAUCACCGGGGACCCCUACAAAGUGCAGCAAGCACGAGAGCUGGUGGUGGAGAUCAUCCGGGACAAGGACCAGGGAGACUUCCGGGCCAGCAGGGGAGACUUUGGAUCCAGACUGGGAGGAAGCAGUCUGGAUGUGGCAGUCCCCAGGUUUGCUGUGGGCAUCGUCAUUGGCAGGAACGGAGAGAUGAUCAAGAAGAUCCAGAAUGACUCUGGGGUCAGGAUCCAGUUCAAACCAGACGAUGGCAUCAGUCCUGACCGGAUUGCCCAGGUGAUGGGCCAGUCUGACCGUUGCCAGCAUGCAGUGCACCUCAUCAACGAGCUGGUCCAAACGGCACAGGUACAGGAGCGGGAUGGCUUUGGGAGUCCCGUGGGGCCCAGAGGCCGGGGCAGAGGCCGCGGAGACUGGAACAUGGGUGCUCCCGGUGGACUGCAGGAAGUGACAUACUCGAUACCUGCCGACAAGUGUGGCCUGGUGAUUGGAAAAGGUGGAGAAACCAUCAAGAACAUCAACCAGCAGUCCGGAGCGCACGUGGAGCUGCAGAGAAACCCGCCGCCUAACACCGACCCCAACGUGCGCAUCUUCUCCAUCCGCGGCACCCACCAGCAGAUGGAAAUGGCCCGCCAGCUGAUCGAUGAGAAGAUUGGGGCCUCCGGAAUGGGGGGCAACAGCAGUUUUGGUCUGAACCCAUUUGGCCAAGGACCAACUACCCCGCAUCAGAAUGGACCCCAGACAUUCCUGACAGGAGGAUGGGGCACAACAUAUCAGACAUGGCAGGCUCCGGGCCAGCAGGACCCCAGUCAGCAGAGCCAAGCCCAGAGCAGUGGCUCUGACUACAGCAAAGCAUGGGAGGAUUUCUACAAGAAACAGAGCCAGGCAGCAGGCCCCGGCUCCCAGCAGAGCUCCCCUCCGGACUACAGUGCUGCCUGGGUGGAGUAUUACAGACAGCAGGGGGCCUACUAUAGCCAGGGUGCACAGCAGACACCAGCCCCAGGACUUCAGGAUCAUUAGAGAGGACACCCUUUAGUUGAAGAUUUUUGAAUCACUGAGAGGAUGAAAACAAACCUUUUGUAACAGAGGUUUCUAGAUUUGCAACGCCUUGAAGACUUUUACUUUUUUCUUAGUGAGAAACACUAGCUGUAGAAUGACUUAUACAAUUUAAAAAAGAAUAUUUCUAAAUCAGGAACAUUUAAUUGUUACUAAAUACUUGUGUACACCAUUAUUUUGAAUUGACAAUUUCCGGGAUCCCUUUUGGACUUAUGAGAGAGCUGUUUUGUUUUCUAUUUUUUCCUUUUUGAUUCAAAUUACAUUGCCAAAACGAACCCCGGAGUUGUAACUUUUCAGUAAACGCAAUAUAAUCUAUUUUUUCUAGUUCUGUUGCAAUAAAAUCGCAAUUAUGGGCUUAGCAGUCUUGAAUGAAUUUUUGUUUUGUCAUAAGAUGUUUUAAGAAUGUGUAAAAAUGUUUUCUUUUCCUUUUACAAAAAGCAUUUUAAUUCAGUGAGAUAACUGUGAUAUUUUGUUACAGGAAAAUGUAUAAUUUUGUUGCAAAAUACGAGAUGUUGGCAAAUGGCAGUCAAUUCCUAAUUUAAUUCCUGUUGUGCUUUGUAUUGUUUUCCAUUGUCUUUUAUUGUACUCUGGUUUAAAAAAGGUGCAAUAUCAUAUUUCAUUUUUGAAACAAAGAUGGAUUCUCUAAUAUUUUGACAGGCGUUUAACUUGUAGUUCUUAGAUGAAUUUUUUUUAGGCAUAUGAAAAUGUAAUGAAUAAUUUAUUACAAUGAUCUGAUAUGGGAAAAUGGGAUGUUGCAUUUUGUGAGUUAUUUGCCUUUGCUAUCUUGUUAAACUAUGUAUGUAUGCUCAGAUACUUGACUAAAUACUUUAUUUAAAAAAUAUAUAUAUAAUUAAAUCAAAGAAGUUUUUUUCAUGGAGUCAUUAUCACAGGAAAACUGUCCCUGUUUUUCUGUUCUGUUUUCAUACUGAAAAUGUUCAAAGAUCGUGAAUGUGUAAUUUGAAAUUUGAUGUUGCAUCUUGCUAUGGACAAAAAUGAGAAAUGCCAGGUUUUUAUGUAUGUUUUGUACCUAAAUAAUUCAAGACUGCUAAGCCUCUGGAUUCUACCUGUGUAAUAAUUAAUUGUAGUUUUUUAUAUGCUAAGUAUUACGAUCAAAAUUGUCUUAUUUGGUACCACCCAGUUUCCCUAAUGCCCCAUCCAGUACACACUGUGGACUCGUGUACAGUCCAAUGCUAAACUUUUUAAUUCAUUUUUCUUUCUACUUUGUGUGAUCUAUUAUAUGUAUGAUUGAUUAGUUACAAAAUGAAUCUAGUGUUAACUUCAUUGCUUAAUGAAAAGGGAUAUUAUAAUUUCAAAAUGUUUAAUUUUAGUGUUUUUUCCUCAUAUGUACAGGUAACCGUGUAUUAAAAACAUCAAGACUA